AUGACAGUGAGCGACGUUGCCAUCCACUGGAUGCCCUUGAUUGAGUCGAUGGAGCAGAAUGUUGGUAACAUUGGCAAGAUGCUGCUCGUGGCGGGACAGAGCGAAUGCUUUCAAAAGGUACACCUGGAAGCUGAAGAGAGGAAGGGAGACGCUGCUCCGGCACAAGGAUGAUGGUGACAUGAGCUUCAUGUCUGCCGAAGAGAAUGAACUCUUUGACACAGUGCAACGCACUGCCCCGAGAUGCCGCUGCACCAUCGCACUGCCAAUGACGGCCCCUGAUGUCAGCGAUGACCGCACGGCAUAUCCAUCGAUGCUCUUCGCACGUGCCCAUCUGCUGACGAAGAGGCCGCCCCUGCCAGCCAUCUACCGCGCCAUCCGAACCGCCAUCCGUGACGGCCGUACAGCACCGAUGACCCGUCCAGGGCUUGCCUCCUCGUCCCAGGCACCGACGUGUCGUGCUGGUGUGAAGAUUGCAUGCACAGCACGUACUCUGGCAACAUUGAGUCGAUGCAUCCCACUUGCGUAUCGAAAAGAGGGUCGCAACCAUAUCCUGUUUGAGUACAGUGACGCACCAUGUCUCCCCUGGCAUGCAGAACACGCCAUCGUCGCCAAGGUUGGCCUGAGCGAAUUCCACCAUCGCAAUGGCCUCGGUGUGUCCAUGCCACUCUUCUCCAUGGUGACAUUCAUUCAUUCACACCGGAGCGACGCGUUCCGCCCGCACAAACAGAAAGUACCUCGUCACCUUCAGAGACACCAACCAAGUCUGCUCGUUCUUGGUGCCAUGUGCAACCACCUCCCCAAGCUGCACAAUGGCAGGGGCAUUGUGUGGGUGUACGCGUGUCGGUGGUUUGGCGAAGAGCGCAUGGGCCGUGAGGGGAAGGGUGGAUAUGACCCCUCGUGUAAGCAGGCAGAGGAAGAGUUCAACAAGUACAUGUACACGGAACUGGCGCUGGAGACCAAGUUUGGGCUCAUCGUGGAAGCAUUUGGGUACCACCCCUUCAGAUCAUGGCUGCGGGUACCAUCCCCGUCAUUGUCGUCGAUCACUACGUGCUGCCCUACCAGGACCUGCUGGACUGGGAGACGUUCAGCAUCCGCAUUCCCGAGCACAGGCUCCUCGAGCUUCCGAGGAUCCUGCGGUCGAUCCCUGAUGAGGUGGUGGAGACGAUGCAGAGACCCGUUGUGUUUGUGUUUGAGGAGUUCUUCAAGUCCCUCUGUACCCAAGUGCACACAGGAUCACCCUGUUCAGCGGCGACAACGCGUGGCAGAGGGCCUUGAGCCAGCAGCUGUCACCCCUCCCCCUCCAUCAACCAACCACCACUGCUCUGGUGGGAUGAACAGACGGGCGUUGCCAUGUGAUGACCAUCCAGCCACGCUUGUGCGGCUGUGGAAGCAGCAGCACCAACACACACCACAAAGCAAGCGAGCGAUGAACAACCAGCUGCUUAUCUUCCCCUCUCUUUCUCGCCCUCCCUGGCGGCCAUCACAACAACAACAACAGCAGCCAACACACCCUCCACCGCCGAUGUAGCAGCAACAGAGAAUGCACCACCACCACCACUUGCUGCUGAACGCAUCCCAACCAAGCAAGCAAGCAAGCAAGCAACCCAUCGCCCACUGCUGCUGGCGGAAGCUGGCUGUUUGCUGCUGGGAACAGGUGGCGACAG